GUCAGCAAUCCGAAUGAAAUGCCUCGGAGUGUGCCGUGUGUUUGGUGUUUGGCCUUGACGGUUCAUCUUCUGAGCCAUUCUUGGCUGAACCAGACGAGAAUAAUGUUAGUUAAAACGUGCUUGUUUCAUUUCUUGUUCAGUGUGUGUAUUUUAAACAACAUAAACUUAAGUCAAGCCUUAGGACAAGAUCCAAACUUAGCCCAAUGUGUUACAAAGUGUCUAGAAGGACCCGAACUCAAGAAAGAACCCUCCGAAACGACUCCCAAAGAUGGUUUUAAAAUAAUCUGUUAUUACACUUAUUAUUCCUGGUACAGGGUAGGCACGGGGACGUUUUUUCCCGAAAGCAUUGACCCCAAUUUGUGCACACACGUAGUUUACAAUGCUGCCAUGUUAAAUCCUGAAACGUUAGUCCUGGACCACAAGGACUCCUGGGCAGACAUAGACAAUAGUUUUUAUAAACGAGUUACAGACCUCAAAAGUAAAGGGGUCAAGGUACUUCUAUCGGUAGGGGGAUGGGCGGAAUCCGGGACAGACAAGUACUCAAAACUCAUCAACAAUCAGAUGGCCAGAAUAAAAUUUAUAACUAGCACAGUUAGUUACUUACUGAAGCACAACUUUGAUGGCUUGGAAGUGGCCUGGUCGUACCCCAAGUGCUGGCAGGCUGACUGCAGCAAAGGCCCGGACAGCGACGUAAAAGCUUUCGGCGUCUUCAUAAGGGAACUGAAGCUGGCCUUCAGGCCCAGAAAGUUGAUCCUUGCGGCCCAAGUAGCACGAAGCCCUUACAUUAUAAACCAAGCCUUCGACAUUCCGACCUUGCAGACUUAUUUGGACUGGUUUGCCGUUGAAUCGAUCAAUUAUCACAGUGCCUACGACAAACGGACUGCGUACGUCCAUCCACUGUACGGCGGUACCGAAACGGACAGUAAUGCAAACUUCUCCAUGCACUUUUGGCUGUCCAAAGAAGUACCCAGAGAUAAACUGGUGAUGGGGCUUUGCUCUUACGCCAGGACUUACACCUUAAGCUCCCCAAGUGAACACGGCCUAGGGUCGGAGGUCUCAAAACCUGGAGUGGCGGGACGGUACAGCAAAGAAAGCGGCAUUCUUUCCUACUAUGAAGUGUGUGAUAACAUCCGAAGUAAAAACUGGACUUUAGUCCAGGAUGAGAGUAAAACAAUGGGGUCGUACGCCUACGGUGGUGACCAGUGGGCCUCAUUCGAUGAGCCCGAGUUGAUGGGGAUCAAAGCGAAAUAUGCCAAGGAUUUAAAAUUAGCCGGAGUCAGUUUUUGGACUUUAGACUACGAUGACUUCAACAACAAGUGCGGGGGAGGCAAGUAUCCUUUGUUGCGGGCCGUUAAUGAUGCUGUAAGGGAUUAAACUGUUUUAAAUUGAA